AUGGCGUCCGCUCAACCUGAAGCUGCUGGUGUCCCUGCCACUGUGGCGGCUGAUGCCAAGGGCCUCAAGGACUCUGCAGCAGCUCAAGCUGCUGCUUCCGAGAACGCCGCCAUUGAGAAGAAGGCGGCAAAGAUCGAAGCUGACAGGCUUCUCUCUUCCGGCGAAGAGGAGGCCGCGCAAGAGCUCGUCAACCUUGUCAAGAUUGAGGGACCUCAUGCAUUCACCGUUCUCGGCAUCGAGAAGGUCGUGCUUAAGGGCCUGGGCGACAAGAAGAACGCAGCUGCCAGGGAAGGCGCGGCAGUGCUCGUCAAGAAGCUCAGUGACCAAGGUGUCGGCCACGAACUCGAGCCUUUCGUUUUCGCUCACCUCCUCACUCCUCUCGUUGAGGCCCUUGGAGACAAGGAGAAGCCUGUUCGCGAGGCUGUUCUGGCUUCCCUCACCAGCUUUGUCAAGUCUAUGAGUCCUUGGUCCGUUCCUCAGCUUCUCAAGGUCAUUCUCGAGCAGGCACGCACUGCCGGCAAGUGGCAAGUCAAGACUGGCUGCGUCUCUCUUCUUGAGACUCUGGUCAAGGCUGCACCCGAGCGCAUGGCGAGCGCCAUGCCGGAGAUCAUUCCGGUGAUGAGCGAAGUCAUCUGGGACACCAAGACAGACGUUCAGAAGGCGUCUCGCGCUGCGUUGAAGAAGCUCUGCGCCUUGAUCUCCAACAAGGACAUUGAGCGCUUCAUCCCUGCCCUCAUCAACUCUCUCAUUCAUCCCGUGGAAGAGGUCCCCAAGACCAUCCAACUGCUGGGCGCGACGACCUUCGUCUCGGAGGUCGACUCCCCCACUCUUGCCCUUAUGGGCCCCUUGCUGCAGCGUGGUCUCAACGAGAGACCGACUGCUACUAAGCGAAAGUGCGCUGUCAUCAUCGACAACAUGUCCAAGCUGGUCGACAACGAGCGUACCGUCCGUCCAUUCCUGCCCAAGCUCUUGCCCGGCCUGAUCAAAGUCGAGUCCGCGAUGGCUGACCCCGAAGCACGAAGCGUGGUUCAGCGUGCUAUCAAGACUCUGCGUGAUAUCGGUCAGCUGCCCGCGGAUGCCGACGGCACGAACCUGAAGCCUCUGGAGGAUGUGGACAUCCAAAAGACGCUCCAGCUCGUCCAGAAGGCUCUUGGUCAACAAACUCUCAACGGCCCUGAGCUUUUGACUCACCACGUUGCUCAACUUGCCACCAACCUUGCCAACGCAAGGAACUUCGAGGAGAGCGAGUGGGAGACUACGCUUGGGCCUUACGUCACUUUGUUCAAGAACGCUGACCAAGAGAAGAGCAAGGCUGUUGUUCGCGAGCUCCUCUUGGCUUUGGCCCGCAGCACCAGCGAGGAUGCUGAGGUGUUCGAGGAUGAGGAGGAAGGCGAAGACCUUUGCAACUGUCAAUUCUCUCUCGCAUACGGUGCCAAGAUCCUGCUCAACACCGCCACCUUGCGUUUGAAGCGUGCCCACCGCUAUGGUCUUUGCGGCCGUAACGGAUCUGGCAAGUCCACCUUGAUGCGUGCCAUCCAGAACGGUCAGGUUGAGGGUUUCCCUUCUCCCGAGGAGGUCCGCACCUGGUACGUUGAGCACGAUCUCGACGGAUCUGAGGGUGACAUCUCCAUUCUUGACUUCAUCGUCGCUGACAAGCGCCUGGAGACCAACCAUGCGGACGCUAGCAAGACGCUGCUCGAAAUGGGUUUUGAUGAGGGCCGCCAAAAGGGUCCCAUUGCCGCUUUGUCCGGUGGUUGGAAGAUGAAGCUUGCCUUGGCGCGUGCCGUUCUGUUCAAGGCAGACAUCUUGCUGCUUGACGAGCCCACCAAUCACUUGGACGUUAUCAACGUCAAGUGGAUCACCGAUUACCUCAAGAACACUGAUGCCACCUCAAUUAUCGUGUCGCACGACUCUCAAUUCUUGAACAACGUCUGCACUGAUAUUCUCCACCUCAACCGCUUCAAGAUCAAGCGUUAUCCCGGCACCCUCACCGACUUCGUCAAGCGCGUGCCUGAGGCGAAGGCCUACCUCGAGCUCGGCGGUGGCGACGACAACUUGUCCUUCAAGCUGCCAGACCCUCCCCUUCUCGAUGGUGUCAAGACCAAGGAGAAGUCUUUGGUUAAGAUGAGAAAUGUGCACUUCCAAUACCCCAACACACCUGCACCUCAGCUGAACGGUAUCUCGAUGCAGCUGUCGCUCUCUUCCCGUGUCGCCAUUCUGGGUCCUAACGGUUCCGGAAAGUCGACUUUGGUGAAGCUCAUUGUCGGUGACACUGAGCCCAACUCUGGAGAGGCGUGGAAGCACCCCAACCUGGUCAUCGGUUACGUCGCACAGCACGCUUUCCACCACAUUGACCAGCACCUCGACAAGACUCCCUUGGACUACAUGCUCUGGCGAUACCAAACAGGUGAAGAUUUGGAGGAGCACAUGAAGGCUACCCGCCAGCUGACCGAAGAGGAGCAGCAAGCCAUGAAGAAUGGUGAAGUCUACGUACACGAAGGUGUCAAGCGCAUCAUCGAGGACAUUGUCGGACGUAAGAAAUUGAAGAACAGCUUCCAGUACGAAGUUUCCUUCAAGGCCAUGAGUAGCGCAGACAACGUCUGGCUGCCUCGUGACGAGCUGUUGAAGCGUGGUUUCGAGAAGAAGGUCCUCGCCGUCGAUAGCCGCGAAGCUCAACGUGCCGGUAUGAACCGACCCUUGGUUCGUCGUGAGAUCGAGAAGCACUUUGCUGACUUCGGUCUCGACGCCGAGUUCGUGUCUCACUCCGGUAUGCGAGGUCUCUCUGGUGGUCAGAAGGUCAAGGUCGUCUUGGCCGCUGCCACAUGGCGUCAGCCCCACAUCAUCGUGCUCGACGAGCCCACCAACUUCUUGGAUCGUGAAUCUCUUGCUGCCCUCAUCAAGGCAUUGGAGAACUACGAGGGAGGCGUGGCCAUCAUCACUCACUCUGAAGAGUUCUCUCGCGGUGUCUGCAAGGAAAUUUGGGCCAUGCGCGAUGGCACUCUGCACGCUUCUGGCCACAACUGGGUCGAGGGACAAGGCAGCGGCGAGCGUAUCGACAAGAAGAAGAAGGACGAAGAGGAGGACAAGUUCGACGCCAUGGGCAACAAGAUCAUCGAGGAGAAGAAGGCUAAGAAGCUCUCUUCUGCCGAGGCCAGGAAAGCAAAGAAGGAGCGCAUGGCCAGACGCAAGAGAGGAGAGACCGUGGAGUCAGAGGACGAACUCUAA